AUGCCCCUAAAACUGGUGCAAGUGAAUCUAAACCAUACGGCGGCGGCACAAGAUUUGCUGCUGCAAGCUAUGGUCGAGGAGAAGUGGGAUCUGGCAAUAAUAUCGGAACCCUACAGAGUCCCAGAGCAUCCUCACUGGGCUGGGGACACGGAGGGGCUGGCGGCGGUAGUUUGGGCGGGGAGCGAGAACUCGCCCCCCAUCCAGACGCCAAGGCGAGUUGCUCCUCGACUGGAUGGCAAACCUGGGGCUGUCUGUCAGGGCCAGGCGAGCACCUGCGUACGGUGGCAGGGGGAGUCUGUCGACGUGACGUUGGCGACUCCUGCCGCAUGCCGUAGAAUAGCAGGAUGGCACGUGGACGAAGAUCGGUUCACUUAUUCGGACCACAGGUACGUAAGAUUUGAGUUAGGCCUACCGGGAAGCCGGGAGCGUCAAGAGCAGGUCGUGAGCCGCAAGAACAGAGGAUGGGCGGUAAGACAUAUCGAUGAAGACAUGUUUGAGGCGGCAAUGCAGGCUGGUAGGUGGUCAGCGGAUGCCGUGAAAGAGGGGGAAGCUAGUCUGGAGGAAAGAGCAAGGAACGUGCGCGAGACCCUGUGGAGAGCGUGUGAUGCGUCGAUGCCGAAGAAGAGAAGUGUACGGAAAAAAGCUCUCUACUGGUGGAACGAACAGAUAGCGGAAACCAGGAGAAGAGCUGGAAGGAUUAAACGCCAACUCACCAAAAUGAAAAGGCGCGGUCGUGAGGAGGAGGCUGUCGGGCUCCGAGAAAACCUCAGGGAGGUAAAAAAGGAGAUGAAAGCAUUAAUACGCGACGCGAAAGAAAAGGCUUGGACAGAGUUCGUCGAGACCCUGAAUAAGGACCCAUGGGCCAGACCCUAUAAGUUGGUCAUGGGUAGACUCAAGCCCUGGACGCCUCCGAUAACGGAGACUCUGGAGCCGGAGGCAGUAGAGCGUAUCGUGGCGGAGCUCUUCCCGGGGGACGACGAACUGCCCCCGCGGAGGUACGAGCUACCGGCUCCCUAG